AAGAUCAUUCUAGGUUAACUUUGGCACUGCAAGAUUGUGCUGUGAACAAACGGAACAGAAUUAUUUGAGAAAUGCUAAGUAAAAAAAAAAUGAGUAAAGAAUUGACCUUUAAAGUGUACAUGAACGGUUCAGAUGCACUGCACACUGAAUUUGAGCCGAUCAUGUACACUUUAAGAGUCAAUUCUUUGCUUAUUUUCUUUUUUUCUAGCACUCCUCGAAUUAUUUUCUCCCUUUGAGAGGGAGAGCUUGAACAGUGAGACUACACUGCCAUUCUCUCUCCUCUUCUUGUUUCUUUCUACGGCGCCGAUCGGACCACAACAUCGACGACGGAAAUGUGUACGUUAGAGAAGCGAGGCAGCAUCUUCAUCCUGACCCUAACCGGACUCGACGAGCACCGCCUCAACCCACCGCUCCUCGACUCCAUCCAAUCCGCCCUCCACCGAGUCCGCUCGGAAUCCUCCUCCUCCUCAUCCGCCCUCAUCACCACCGCCCACGGCAAAUUCUUCUCCAAUGGCUACGACCUCGCCUGGGCCAAAACCGCCGAAACCAACCACCGCCUCAAACUCAUGGCCUCCAAGCUCCGAUCCCUUGUCGCCGACCUGAUGUCCCUCCCCGUGCCCACGAUCGCCGCCGUCACCGGCCACGCCGCCGCCGCCGGCUGCAUCCUCGCCCUCUCCCACGACUACGUCCUGAUGCGAAAGGACCGGGGGUUCCUGUACAUGAGCGAGAUGGACAUCGGGCUGCCUGUCCCGGCCUGGUUCGUGGCGGUGAUACGGAGCAAGAUCGGGUCGCCGGCGGCGAGGAGGGAGGUGUUGUUGAGGGCAGCGAAGUUGACGGCGGCGGCGGCGGAGGGGAUGGGGGUGGUUGAGGCGGUGGAAGGUGGGGCGGAGGAGACGGUUGUGGCGGCGGUGAGGCUGGGGGAGGAGUUAGUUGGGAGGAGGUGGGAUGGGCCCGUGUACGGUCAGAUUCGGAUGGCUGUGUUUGCGGAUUUGGUGAGUGCCGUCCGAUUCGACGAGGAAAAAGACAGCGAUGCUGAUAAGGUUGCGUCAAGACUUUAAGCGCCUAUUGGGCUUGAAUUGGUGCGACGAUGGGCCCUGCUUAUGUUGGGCUUGAAGUGGUAUAAUAAUGGGCCAUUGGGCCUGGGACUGGUUUGUAGUGUCACGAAUACUUGGUAAAAAUUGUAAGGGAAUAGAUUUAUACUGGGUUAUUAAGGGUGUGGACUCCACACUUUACGUGAGAAUGAAAGUAGUUUAUUUGGUAUUUCACUUUUGCUAACCUUCGCCUACUAAGCGAAGGAUAAUACGCAUAUAAUUUCAAACAAAUUUGAAUAGCAAUGCAUAUUUCAUGGAUAUUAAUACACUUUUAUCAGAUAUCAA